AUGGCCCUCGUGCCAUCAAAAGUAUUGGCCAGAUUCGCAUUCCAGCCGUCUCAGCCACAUCCUAAGCGCCUGAAAAUGAGCAGCACGACCUCCGAGUCCACUCUCGCCGGCGACGCUCCCACUAUCAUCACGGCUGGACAUGUCACUCACUCUGUGGCAUCCGAGGAUCUCUCCAGCAUGGUGUUUCAGGCCGCCGAGCUUCAAGGUUUCGCCAGCACGUGGUCCUCGUACAUGCCCGUGACGAUUAACGAACACGUGAUGGCGGAUUCGCUGAGAAACUGUGAAGACAUCGCCAACAGUCUUCGUGACACACUCGAAAGUCUGGAAAUCAUACCUGUGAGCCCUGCUCUAGCUCGGGAUUCUGAAGACGUCUUGCACAAUUCUCCCAAGUACAACGACAAUGCCGAUGGUAACGGCUCUUCUGCGUACCAACUCAAAGUGGCCGAGACUCUCAAGUUCCUCGUCCAAAUUGGUAUCGAGAAGAUAAUCGACAAGCAAUUCUCAAGACUAGCCAAGUUUGAAGCAACUCUCAAAGAUGUCACUUAUCACAGAUGGUUCCACAGCCAGGGAACUUUGAGAGUCCAGAUUCAGAAAGUCAUCGAGGAGGAUCCGGAACCACUUGCGGAUUUUGAAGAGAAGGUCGAGCGUCACAUUCAACGUGUGAUGAUGGAGCGCGCCAUGAGCGAGUUCAAGCGCGGCUUAGAGGAUCAAUGGAAGAAGCACGGAAAUGCUGUGAUCAACACUUUAGCAGACACGAGCAUUCGCCGUCACCCAAGCACCAACAGUCCACCUCGCAAGCGCGUGAAGAUCGCUCGCAUAGACCUUGACCGCGACCAUACCCCCCUCAACUCGUCAUCGCACUUUCUCAACCUCCAAGUACAACAACAAUCCACUCUGCUCAGAACAAACGACAAUACCAUCAUGACCUCCCCACCGCCCAUCGCAAAUACAUACAUCCCUCACAACUCUCUCGAGCCCAUCUCCCUCAAGAUAAAGAGACUGCAAAGUGAUCUCAGUAGGGCAGCGACGGGCCAGUGCUGGGGACCAGACAAGCAGAAAGUGCUGGAUUGCAAGCACGACGUCGAUGCUUUGGCGACUAUGGUGAAGAAACUUGAUGUCGAUGUUGUCGCCCGUAAGAAAUCUCUCGAUGUGUUGAUGAAAGCAAAUCUCAAGGGCAUGUACGACACCUGCGUCGAAAAAGCCAUGACGAUGGUCGAUAAUGCCACAAUGCUGUUGAUUCAAGACACGCUUCAAAGUAUCUCGGCUAGAGAAAUCAUCAAAGAAACGAUCCAAAAAGGCCUCGCCAAAGAACCGGAUGUGCUCUUAGAUUUGGAGGCCAAGUUUGAGCGAUACUUCAAGGAGGCUCUGGCUGGUGCAGUGGCGGACCUGGUGGCUCAGAGGAGCAGACUCAAUGUCCUGAAACAACUCAGGAAGGCGUGA